CCCUCGCCAUGGCCGAGUAAACAAAACAACCCGCUCAUGUCCACCCUCGCCAGCAGGUUCCCUCCCCCCCUCCUCAUCCUCCUCCUCCUCCUCCUUCUGCACGAGCGGCCAAUAUUGGCCGCCCUUCCAUAUAUAAACCCCUCCCUCCCCUUCCCCUUCAUCCGCCAUAUUCGCUCUCAUCCUCUCGUCCUGCACCCUACGUUUCUCUUUGUCUCUGAAUCAAGUCCCGCUACUUCAACUUGCAUCACCGCUGCCGGCCCAGUGCUGAUACUAUCGUCCUCGUUUGAACUUUCCUCUCUUCUCUCAUCAAUCAGUCCCGAUGCCUUCCUUCUCUUCUGUUCUUUCGGCUCUGCUGGUCGCCAUCUCGGUCUGGACCACCUGCGUUCGGGGUGCCUCAACGGAUUUCCCCCAAGACCGUCUCCGACCUUGCCCCGACGACUGGUCUCCAGCUGACUGGAACCGCUACCAAGACUCGAUGAUUAACACCUUUAAGGGCUGCAUGCCUCGGUGCUGUGGCAACAAAAACUGCUGGACCAACCCCGCAGGAUUGAAGGAGUGCCAGGAUCACUGUAUUCAGAUGGGUUCCAAUAACUAUAAUGCGAGAAAUCCCAAGACUGGAAAAAUGGCUCCCCCUCCUGCUCUGAUUCGUCGAGGCAUGUAUGACUUCCCGCCGAAUCUCCUCGGCCCCUGCCCCGUGGCACCAGCCGACUGCCAGCGCUACGAGGACACGGUGAAGGCGGGCUACAAGAAGUGCAUGCCCUAUUGCUGUGGCUUCUCCAGCUGUCACAUCUACCCCCCGGCAAUCAAGAAGUGCCAGGAUAACUGCCUUGAUAUGGGCAAGCGCGCGUGGGCAACAGGGAAUCUUUAGGACGUCGAUUGCAAGGCAGUCCGUUCGAAAAAUGAUGCGACGGUUAUCAAUUCCGACAGACGGAUGAUGAUGGCGUUAGCAUUGGUAUUCCUGCUUAUGUGAUUGUUGUCUUCUAGCUCAUGUGAUGAACGAGUCUGUAUGAUAUCGCUACUUGGAAGGGGAAGAGCAUCGGUGUGUUUCUGGAGAGAAAGAUUGAUUAGCGAAGGAGGGAACUGCGGGUCAGAGGUGUGUAGUGUUUGUAUGGUCUACCUGUUCGAGUGACAUUCACCUUGUUGGAGUGAGUAGAUUCAGC